CCUUUAUUUAUUACACACCUCACUCUCCCUUCUCUCCAACACAAGAACUCAAACCAUCACCACAACAAAAAACAAGACAAUAUCAUAACACCCUUUGCAUCAUUCUAGUGCAAGCCAAACCCUUUUAACUUAAUUUGGCUUCACCACCAUAGCAUUAACUAACAUGUUUACCUUGAGUCACUCUUCUGACGGCUACCAUGCUUCCUCCGGGGGCUCUCGCGGCGGCGUCGCAUUUCCCGGCGAGGACGUGCGGUUGGCGGUGAGGCACCCGAAGAAGCGGGCGGGCCGGAAGAAGUUCCAGGAGACGCGCCACCCGGUGUACCGGGGAGUCAGGAGGAGAAACUCUGAUAAGUGGGUUUGUGAAGUGAGGGAGCCCAACAAGAAGACAAGGAUUUGGUUGGGGACUUUCCCCACGCCGGAGAUGGCCGCCCGGGCUCACGACGUGGCGGCGAUGGCCCUCAGGGGCCGGUUCCCAGCCCCCGCCACGGCCGAGGCGAAGGAUAUACAAAAGGCAGCAGCACAGGCUGCUGAGGCUUUUAGGCCAGACCAGACUUUAAAAAGGAUAGACCAGACUUUAAAAAGUAUCGAUAUGAGGGAAGAGCAUGUAGAAGUAACAUCAAUGACGACGAUAACAACGACAAUGAGAGACCAACAAGGCAUGUUUUAUAUGGAUGAAGAGGAAGGGCAAGAGUUGGAUAUGCCUGAGUUGCUUAGAAAUAUGGUGCUAAUGUCUCCAACGCACUGUUUGGGGUAUGAGUAUGAAGAUGCUGACUUGGAGGCUCAAGAUGCUGAGGUGUCACUAUGGAGUUUCUCAAUUUAGUAGUGUGUUUGGUUUGUUUUGUUUUGGUUGUUUCUUGUUAGUUUUGGAUUGUGGAGUGUCUGUACUGUUUAUUUUUAUUAGUAGUACGGAUACUAUUUAUAGGUGGAAAGAUUGAAAGGGACUAGAAGGAAUAAUUUUCUUUUGUAACCCUUUUUUGUGGAAGUAAGUAAUCAGGUAUCAAGUGCAUCCCUUCAAAUUUAUGAAUAAAAUAAAUGAAAGAAGAAUCUAGUUUUGGUUUUUAA